GGCCAGUUCGCGGGCGCUGCCAGUCUCCGGCGGCGGAGUCCUGUGCGCGGGCGGCCUGCUGGGCGGGCUGAGGAGCAAGCGGCGCGGUAGUGAGGCGGAGAGAGACAGAACCGAAGAGCAACCGUGGCGACAGGUCCUAGCCCCGGCUCCCGUCGGAGGCCCCCGACUCGCCCAAGGCCCGGCCCCCAUGACCUCCCGGAGCAGGCGGCGGGACCCGCGGAGAGCCGGGCGCUCGUGAGCAGCAGCUGCCGCGGGCGGGAGGGAAACUUCGCCUUCCGGGGCCAGGGCGGCCGGAGAAGUGGAGCGGAGGUUUCUACUUGUAAAAGACAAUGACUACUGAUGAAGGUGCCAAGAACAAUGGAGAAAACCCAGCAGCAGCUGUUGCUGAACAGGGAGAGGAUAUUACCUCCAAAAAAGAUAGAGGAGUAUUAAAGCUUAUCAGAAGAGUGGGGAAUAGUGAGGAAACACCAAUGAUUGGAGACAAAGUUUAUGUCCAUUACAAAGGAAAAUUGUCAAAUGGGAAGAAGUUUGAUUCCAGUCAUGAUAGAAACGAACCAUUUGUCUUUAGUCUUGGCAAAGGCCAGGUUAUCAAGGCAUGGGACAUUGGUGUGGCUACCAUGAAGAAAGGAGAGAUCUGCCAUUUACUCUGCAAACCAGAAUAUGCAUAUGGCUCUGCUGGCAGUCUCCCCAAAAUUCCCUCGAAUGCAACUCUCUUUUUUGAGAUUGAGCUCCUUGAUUUCAAAGGAGAGGAUUUAUUUGAAGAUGGAGGUAUUAUCCGAAGAAUUAAACGGAAAGGAGAAGGGUAUUCAAACCCAAACGAAGGAGCGACGGUAGAAAUCCACCUGGAAGGCCGCUGUGGAGGAAGGAUGUUUGAUUGCAGAGAUGUAGGGUUCAUCGUUGGUGAAGGAGAAGACCACGACAUUCCAAUUGGAAUUGACAAAGCUCUGGAGAAAAUGCAGCGUGAGGAACAAUGUAUUUUAUAUCUUGGACCACGAUAUGGUUUUGGAGAGGCAGGGAAGCCUAAAUUUGGCAUUGAACCUAAUGCUGAACUUACAUAUGAAGUUACACUUAAGAGCUUCGAAAAGGCCAAAGAAUCCUGGGAAAUGGAUACCAAAGAAAAAUUGGAACAGGCUGCCAUUGUCAAAGAGAAGGGAACUGUGUACUUCAAGGGAGGCAAGUACAUGCAGGCGGUGAUUCAGUAUGGGAAGAUAGUGUCCUGGUUAGAGAUGGAAUAUGGCUUAUCGGAGAAGGAAUCUAAAGCCUCUGAAUCGUUUCUGCUCGCUGCCUUCCUGAACCUGGCCAUGUGCUACCUGAAGCUCAGAGAGUACACCAAAGCCGUCGAGUGCUGUGACAAGGCCCUUGGACUGGACAGUGCCAAUGAGAAGGGCUUGUACAGGAGGGGCGAAGCCCAGCUGCUCAUGAACGAGUUUGAGUCAGCCAAGGGCGACUUUGAGAAAGUGUUGGAAGUAAACCCCCAAAAUAAGGCCGCAAGACUGCAGAUCUCCAUGUGCCAGAAAAAAGCCAAGGAGCACAAUGAGCGGGACCGCAGGAUAUAUGCCAACAUGUUCAAGAAGUUUGCAGAGCAAGAUGCAAAGGAAGAGGCCAGUAAAGCAAUGGGCAAGAAGAAUUCAGAAGGGGUCACCGAUGAAAAAGAAACAGAAAGUCAAUCAAUGGAAGAAGAGAAAGCUGAGGACCACGUAUGACAUCACGCCAGGGAGGGACGAGUCCUUGUGAACUCGGCCCCUCCUCCAUGGGCAUGCCCCCAACUCAGGACUAAACAGUGUUUAAUGUAAAGUUUGUUAUAGUCUAUGUGAUUCUGGAAGCAAACGGCAAAACCAGUAGCUUCCCAAAAACCACCACCCUGCUGCUGCCCAGAGCUCUCCGUGAGGGGGUGGCAUGGGACCACUCCAGGUGGAACAAAGCGGCGGCUGUUGGUGUGGAGAGAUUGAGCCAACAGCCUAGUCCAGCUCAUUUCAGUUAUGUCAACUUGCAAUAUCCAGUUCAGGGUCCCUUGAGAUAAUUCUAACAAUUGGGGGCUGUCUGUCAGGUUUUCCAUUUGAUUGAACUUUAAUACACUGCAGAAACCUACCAAUAAAUGCUUAAUGAGUUUCUCCUUUCCUACAAUUGGGCAGGGGAGAGGAGGGGGAGGUUUUGGUUUUCAGUGACUCAAAUGCUCCAAAUGCAAGCUGUUGCAUUUCUAACCAACAGAACCCACAGUAGAGGGGCCAGGUAUCCCCUCAGGUCCACAGCAGCGUCACAAACUUGAAAGCCAGAACCUCAGAGGCCACUCACUUGCUGACUUAGCUGCCUCCCAAACGCCCCCUUGUUAAGCAGCCUGCCUGUGAGCGUGGGCUCCUGCCCAGGCUGUCUCCGGAGGGGGCAUUCUGUCAUUCCUAAAACACGCUUCAGUGAUAGUGAGCAGAGAGGGUUUCUGGAUUAGCUUUCCCUGUUUUGGAUGAAGUUCUGAGAUGCUGAAAUGUGAACAAUCAGAAUUGUGCUUUUUCCCUUCCCUCCUGUCCCUUCCAGGAAGUUAUGUUGAGUCCAGUUUGCCUGCUCACAUUGCUACGGCUCAGUUUCUUCCUUCUGUUCUGAUCCCCAAAUUAUUAAGAAUUUGAGACUUGUUCUUGUCAUACCUUUGACCUGGAGUGAAUUUAUUUACAUAUCUGCCUAGGAUCCAUGCAGCUUUUUUUGUUGUCGUUUUUAAAUUGCUGUGUCAUAAACAUAUGUAUACUGAUGUAUGAAAGUUUAUUUACACUCCUCUAUCAUGCAAAAAAUUGACUUUUUACUACUAAGUAACUUAAUUUUUAAAAACAAAUCUGAGGUUGAAAAAGAACUCAAUGCCCUUAAGGAUUUUCUUUCAAGUCCGACAUGCGGUAGCUUGCUUUCCCUGUGCUGAUAGCUGCUCUGUUCUGGUGUGAGUUGUGAAAGAGAGGUAAGAACAGCUUCCCAUGCAGGUACAUCUAGCCUAAAAUCUCCAGUACUUGGGCAUUGAACUAGGGCAAAUCUUAAAUAUGUACGUGUAGCUGAAUUUUAGUCCUUACGGGUAAGCAAGAUUAAGCCUGGCUUUCUAGUCCCACAGCCUAAGAAGUAAGAAACACUCACGGGAAUGCAUCUGGCAACCCGAGAAAACAUUUGCUUCAACCUGGAACAUCUCACUUUCUUAAAUCCUAAAGAACACUGGCAGUUAUAUUUUAGGUUAGUUUUUAUUUUUAUGGUGGUUUUAACAAAACAUUUUCAUCAUUAGGUUAAGACCAUGUUAAAAACCUAAAAAUAUAGUCAUUUCCUUUUAUAUCAGUUUCUGUCUCCAUGGAACAAAUGGAAUUGUGAGUUUCUCCUUUAACUAAAAUCCUUUUAAUUUCUCAUUUACAUGUUUCUCUUUUCUCAUAAGAUACUUCUUUAAAAAGCCCCCAAUCUCACCUAGGGAAUAUGAAGAGCAGAAGCUGAUUUUUGCUUAUUUGCUUAACUGUGUAGUAUUUGUAGCUCUGUUGACUAGAGCAUGACUCCAACAAGGCCAAGAUUGAAAUUAGAUCCAAAAGGCCAGUUAGCUCUUCGCAGGUAACAAAAAAUUCUAAAACUUAGAUUAUCUUAGCCCACUGUCUCCCAAGUGUGUGUUACGGGUCAUGGAAAUAGGCAGGAAAAAAUGUGGGGAGGAGGGGCGGAAAGGGUGGGCAAGUGGUUCUGAGCAAAAGAUUAUGAAGUGUCCAUCACCACUCAAGAAAAAGAAACUUCACACACAUUCUUGUAUCAAAUUCAGUCAUUUUCAACAGUUUUGUCUAGAAAUCAACAAAUGUCUUUGAACCAGCUCUCAGAUUGCAUUUGGAGUGGUGAGGCAGCAUAUAAUGAAUUAAAAACAUAAAUUGCUUUUUAAAAAAAAUUAUCCAGAUGCACUUUUUUUGGUGUUCUUAAAUAAAUUCAGAAAAACAAAUGA